AUGGCUUGCCUGCACAAUCUCCACUUUGCCCUUCUCGCCUUCUUCACUUUCACCAAUGCCAUUCCAUUUCAUAGCUUGCGUGUCACAUCUGAAACAUCCAAUCCCAGCAGGCUUGCGAAACGUACGAACCCCAUUCUCGGCAAAGCCAUCGACGUUAAUGACGCCGCCAGAGGAGGCAAGCUAGUAGCCCGUCAGGGGCUCCCAACAACCGGGGCUUUCAGUAAUGCGCAGCAGUUGCUGACUUACGCAUUGUUUGAACAAGCGACAGCCCAGUCUUUAGCCAUUACUUCCACGAGGGAGAUCGCGCCAAAUUCAAGGCCGUUUUUUUUCCUUAAGCUCGCUGGCAAUCCGGCAAACCAACAUGAGCUCAUCCCCGAAGGCGCUACCGAGUUGGGCCAGAUCACCUUCCAAGGAAUAGACACUCCCGAUGCUGGCGAUGAUGAUCCCGGCUGUGAGAAACCCGGGACAAAUAUGUACACGGACUACUACGAAACAGGUGGUCCCGUAGUAGUUGUCUGUGAGGAUGCGUGGGUCACCCCUGACAGGGACGAUUUGACAUGCAACGAGAUUGGUGACACUCUCAGCGACGAGAUGAUCAUCUUGGGCCAUCUUGUUCUCCACGAAUAUACUCAUUGGGAUUGGCUCCUGACCCACAUCACUGGCGGCGAGGUUGUCGACAUACACGGCCCUGAUAAAGCUAACUAA